AUGCCAGACUACUCUUACCGCUCAUCAGCAUCUUCCAGAAGACAGUCGGUCGCAUCACCCGUAUCUAUCCUACCCAGCAACAAGUCCUCCAAAUCGAUUCGAGAUCGUCGGCGUAGUUCAGGAACCCUGUCUACCCAUAGCGUGUCCCAAAAAGCGCGCAAGACCAUUGGAGAUUAUUAUGUUGGAAAAACGCUAGGCAAAGGUGCUUCGGGUCGAGUCAAACUAGGGAUACAUAGACAGACAGGAGAACAGGUAGCUAUCAAGAUAAUUAGCAAGGCCCAUCUUGCUGCCAACCCAGCUAUCGAAAAGGCUGUUAGACGAGAGAUUGCUAUCAUGAAAUUGAUCCGUCACCCCAAUGUGAUGUCUCUUGUGGAUGUGAUAGACGACGCCGCACUCCCGGAUCUACACCUUAUUCUCGAGUAUGUCGAAGGUGGUGAACUGUUUGAGUAUCUUGUUAGCAAAGGUAGACUAGGCGAGCCAGAAGCACGCCACCACUUUCAACAGAUAAUUUUGGGUUUGGAUUUUUGCCAUCAUCAUUUAAUUUGUCAUCGAGAUCUCAAGCCAGAAAACUUGUUAUUGGAUGCUCAGAAUAAUAUCAAGAUUGCUGACUUUGGCAUGGCUUCUCUUCAACCAGCCGGUUCAAUGCUGGAAACAAGCUGCGGAUCUCCUCACUAUGCAAGCCCUGAAAUUGUUGCUGGCAUGCCUUAUAAUGGUUCAGCUUCUGACAUAUGGUCUUGUGGUGUUAUUCUCUAUGCACUCUUGACCGGACAUUUACCUUUUGACGAUGAGAAUAUCCGUCAAUUAUUAAAAAAGGUCAAGUCUGGAAAAUACACAAUGCCUGAUGAUAUUUCACGCAAUGCACAAGAUCUCAUUCGCCGUAUUCUUGUAGUUGAUCCAACCAAACGCCUGACGAUGGAACAAAUCAUGGCUCACCCCUGGUUCCGUGAGUCUGAACUUAUGAAUCUGUCUGCAUUGCCUGUUCCACCGACCGAAAAUGAGAUUGGUCGUCCAGUCAAUAGCCCUUCCGAUAUUGAUGAUCGUUUAUUGGAAACCAUCAAGUUUCUCUGGGGAGAAACAGAUGAUGAAGUAGUCAUUGAAGCACUUGUCAGCAAAGAGUAA